CCGAGAUGGCCGACGAAUUGCUUUGCUGUCAACCCUAUCGCUCUUUUGUUUUCAACCUUCGCUCAUUCUUUUCCCUUUGGGUAGAGGCCAGUCCCUCACCCGUCCAUUCCUUCUUGACAAAACUCUGGCAGUAUGUAUAUUUCUACAGUUUUACUCGUGGCGGUGUGUCUGAGCACAGGUGCCUGGGGAACGCCACUCAUUAAGCGCUAUUACGAUUUCGACGGAAACGGGGUGCCGGAUCUUUGCUAUCAGGUCUGUGAGCAAGAUAUACGAUGCUUGUUGGACGAUUUCACUUGGACGACCGUUCCGAGCGAACAACAAUUCCAUUCCACCACCACCACCACCACCAGUGCUGCGGCUGUUGAUGCGACAUCCACUUCGACCGAUGUUUCGACUAGUGCAUCGUCGACGACGGACAAUGCCAGUUCUUCUACAUCAGCUGCCGUGGCAUCAACUACUUCCAACAACCAAAAUCCCUUCACGCUACCCUCCACAACUAGUUCCGAACCGUCGACAUCGUCGUCCUCAACCGGUGUAGACGCAGUCUCUACAUCAUCCAGUCUUACCUCAUCGAUGUCGACGUCCACCUCCAGUCUUACUCUCUCAUUCACAUCAACCGCUUCCCCUGCUUCCAUAGUGUCGAUGUCGACACCAUCAGUGGGCAUUCUGAUGCCAUCCAGUUCAUCAUCCAGCUCAUCGACUUCAUCCAGUAACACUCAGCAGUCCUACGGUGCAUCCCAGAGCGCAUCAUCGACUACGUCGAUAAGAGGUCCUUUGCCGUCAGGAUCCCUGCCUCCCUAUGCACAGUUCAAGGUGGACCAAGGGACAAAGUGGAACGUCGAACUCGUCGGUCAGCUUCAAUUUACCGGCAAGCUAGGAGAAAACCAUCUCAUCGGCGACAAGUGUCGAACCGGCAAGAUUGGUGACAAGGUCAUCUGGAACUGCGGUGACAUGUUCUGCAAAGGUGGUGCGCAACCUUGUGGGUUCUCCAUGGGUCCGGCCUUCUACGGCACGGACGACGUGAUGACGGUCAACACCACGGGCAUCAACUCGGUCUCUGACAAUGAAUUCGUCCGACCGUGGUCGGGGGACGAAGGGAUCCAACCACCCUUCAAGAUCUGGGGCAUGGACACCUCCAACGUCGUCGCCAUCAACGAGACCCAUGGGGUUGCGUAUGCGUUUGAAAUCUGGCGCAACGGCCCCGACGGCAGCUUCGAAAAUCGGGGCAACGCCGUGGCUUCUGUGACCCUCGGUGACGACCGACCCAUUGCGACUCGGGUCGGACCCUUACUCACGGGGCCCGACGCCAUCCAGCUGGGACUUUUGGCCAUCCUCCGUGACGGUGACUAUGUUUAUAUAUAUUCGGAAGGUGGUCCCUCCAACACCAUCGUCGGUCGGGUGGCCGCUUCGGACGACGUGUUCGACGCCGACAAUUACGAGUUUCUUCAAUUCGGCACCAACGACACAUGGGUCCCCGGGAUCCCCUCCAAAGACACCCAAGCGGUGGGCAUGACGACGGCCAGCCGUCAAGGACAUUUCGCGUGCGGCGUGUACGGUUCGGUCGUGUUCAACAAUUACCUCAACAAGUACAUGAUCCUGUGCGGUCAGUGGCUGGUGGCCGUCUACAUUUACACCUCCGACACCCCCUGGGGCCCGUGGAGUGAACAGUACCUGUUGAUGAACGGUGGUAUAGCGGGGGGGAGUUAUGGACAGAUGAUCCACACCGAGUACUCCCCCGACGGCGACGGAAGUGACAAGUCGUGGUAUUUCUCCAUGGGUCCCAACAGUUACUUCAACAUGUUCAAAGUCACUUUUGAUUAUGAUGAUUAAAAGGUCGACUUUGACGGCACGGGAUGGAUGGUCACCCUAUAUCUAGGUAUUUUGGAGAUAUACUUCAUGUAGGGGGGGUUGUCAGUUCGGAUGUUGAAUCUUUAAAAGGUGGUCGAGAUUUGGAUAAUUGAUCUGUCCUUGGUAGCUGGAGUACGUACGAGUGUGGAAUACCUACCGUUUUCCCUGAUGAGGUACGGAGCACCUUGUAUGUGGUUUUGGUCUCGUGGAUACCUUUUUCUUUCUCGUCGAGGGGUUACCUAGGUGCGCGCCGUACCCAGGUAGGCUCUUCAGUACAAGGUCCUGCCGUACUCC